AUGGAAUUAUUCAAUGAAGAUUUGAGAGAAGAAACUAUACACGACACAAUAUUGGCUGUUGGUUCCCCUUUAGUUUAUUUGAUUUUUUCUCUAAUAUUUUUCUUCAAAACCCGUGAAUUAAUUGAUAGUGUUACUAAAGAGGAGAAAAUGGUUAAAAUUUUAUUAUACCUCACUUUUAGAUAA